AUGACCAAGAGAGGUCAUCGUGCAAGGAUUCACAAGCAACAUCUUUCUACAUCAUCUUCUUUCACACCUUGUGGCUUUUUCAGACUCGUACUUCAGUAUCGACAACGAUACAUCGACAACAUGGAAGCCGUUUUGCAGCAAGCUAUCAACGCUAUCUUGAAGCGUAGCAACCUUGAUGUCCUCUUGAUCCGUAUUAGCACUGUAACUGAGGACUCUUUCCAUGUCACUUUCGAGGCUCGAGCCUCCAACACCGGACCGGCGAAAGCUACUAUCUCACCUAUGACCCUCGAACUCUGCGGACCAGCCGGUACUUUCGGCACUAUCGCUCUCCCUGAGAUCACCACCGCCCAUGGCGGAGCAUACAUUCUGGUUGAAAACCAGCUAAUCGAGAUAACCAACAAAGCCGCGCUGCAAGCUUUCAUCAGCACCGUAAUCAGCAACCCAAGCAUCCCGCUCUCGCUCAAGAACGGACAAACCUCCAUCUCCAUCUCCUCCUUCGGCAUCAAGCCGCGCUCCAUCAUGUAUCAACAAGACAUCACGAUCCCGGGCCUCAACGGCCCCGAGAUCUUCGUCAAGUCCGCAUCCAACACCAACCCGAACCUACUCCCCAGUAGCACUCUUACUAGUACUGGCUCUAGUAGCAGCCCACCCCAGACUCUAGAUCCCGACCAAACACCGCUAAGCGUAACCUUCCACAUCCCGAACCCCAGCCCCGUCAGCAUAAGCUUCGGGCUCUGCGAAUUCGCCAUCCUAAACACCAACAACGAAGUCUUCGCCCAACUAAAAGGCCGUCUAGACAUCAAGCCCUCGCACUUCGACGCCGCAUUCCAGGGGACCGCGGACAAGCGCGUGGCGCUUCUACCCAAUCCCGGCGCGGGCGCAGGAGCCGAUGUACAAGCUCGUUUGGUGGGGAAGCGAUGUGGUGGAGCAGGAUGGUGCGAUUUGGCGAUCAAGGAGAUCGAUGUGCCGAUUAGAGAUGCUUGGAAGUUGUUACAGGCACUCGGACGUGCGUACCAUGAGCCGAGAGUUGAGCCCCAGGUUUUCCGUUGGAGAGGCGUUUGGUUUAAGAAGGAUAGCUGGAUUUAGGGGAGGAGAGGGGAGGAAAAGGAAUACCUACCUAGGUUGUUACUUAGGUAGGGCAUGUUUUCGGGCGCAGGAAUAGGGAAAAUGGACAAAAACCGGCGUGAUAGAGGUAAACGCA